AUGAAUUCCAACACGGUAGAGAAUGGUGAGACUCCGUCUGAAUACGAUAAGAUGGCGCUAAGUCUACUGGGCUGGAUCGAAGAAAAGAUCGCCAUUUUGGACGAUAGAACAUUCGCCAACACUUUACCCGAAGUGCAACAACAGUUACUUGAGUUCAACCAGUACAGGAGACAAGAGAAACCUCCUAAAUAUGCCGAGAAAGGAAAGCUCGAAUCUGAGUUGUAUACUAGCCGGUCCGGGUGUAGUUCUCCUGGUGGGAGAAAUGUCUUGGACAUCAACUUAGCGUGGGGAAGGCUAGAGAAAUGUGAGCAUGAUCGAGAAAUGGCUUUGAGGGGACAUUUACAACGCCUUGAAAAACUCGAACAGCUUGCCGGUACGUUUGACAAGAAGUAUAGUAUGCGAGAGUCAUGGCUGAUGCAAAACCGUAGUGUCGUGAAUGAUGAGAAUUUCAGUAGUAGCAGUAUUGAUAAUGUUGAGGCAGCUAUUAAGAAGCUUGAUGCCUUGGCAGCCUAUGUCGACACACACCAGGACAAGAUUGACAACAUUGCUUCUAUGGCUGAUGAUCUAGAGAAAGGUGGAUUUCAUGAUGCUGAGAGAAUCAUGUUGUGUAAGGGGCGAAUACUACGGCUCUGGGGGGGCCUACAAGAUAUGAUCAAGAGGAAGAAAGAAAAAUUAAUGAGAUGUAUGCAACUGAGCAUCUUACUUCAAGGAAUGACUGAUAUCAUAGAUAGUAUUAAUGAGACUAAAGUUGUAUUAUUGUCUGAAGAUUAUGGCAAGGAUCAUGUGGAAGGGCAGAACGUUGUUGAGGGUGAGAUCACAGUAAAAGCGCACCAAGUACAUGUCUUGAAAAGCAAGGUAGGGAGGUUCCUUAAUUUGGAGGAUAAAGAUGACCUUAAAGUUAACGAAGAGCUGGUGAGCCAUCAUUUGUCAGAGAUGGAGAGAGUGUUUAAUGAGUUAGUUCAUCUAAGUGCAGCAAGGCAUAUCAAACAGGACACAACUCAAUCUACAACAACUGAGACCAGUUGA